AUGACAUGUAUAAUCAAUGAAAAAACGGGUCGAAAAACGGUUGAGGACGAGAUAAACUCGCUGUUGAAGUUCUACGCCUAUGAUGACGCACCGAUUUUUCUAGCCGAAUUGAAUUUUCAAGAAGAAGGUAUGGGAAUACUUUAAGCGUUUUUCUGGUAAAAAUCAAUAUUUUUGCAGAAAAUUCGGAUGAAUCUCUUUAUUUAUUCGGCCGAUUGUCUAAUCCGAAGCAACAAAAAAGAGGAAUGUUACGGUCUGCUGAAAACUCGUGUAAGAAAUGCCGCCAAAACUUCGCUACAUUUUCGCCAAAUGCUGUUUUGAUUUGUCGAAAAUGGAAGGAUUGUCAAAAUUCACUUUUUGAACAAGAAUCUGGUGAAAUUCGCGCGGAAUUGUUGGAAGACGAGGAAGUUGCACCACAUGCUCGUUCUUUGUAUUCUGCGUUGCCAUGGUGAGACUGAAAAUGCUGAAAAAUUGUAGUUUUAUUGAGAAAAUGAGGGAUUUUUCGGUCUAGGAAGAAAGGGAUUUUUGCUGAAAAAAGUUUUCGAUAGGAAAAAUUGAUUUGAAAAUUGAAGCAUACUAAAAAAUUAAUUAGUUUUGUUGAGAAAAUGAUGAUUUUUUUGUCCGCAGAAAGUAAUUUUGUAUGAACAAAAAUUGAUUUUUUCAAUAGAAUUCACUCAAAAAUAUCCAUUUUCAUCCCAAAAACACGACUUUUACCCAUUUUUUUCAAGGUUUUUGUUACGUUGUCCAAGUUUAUCGAACUUGGAUUUCGCUGGUUGACAAAGGAUUCAAGUGGAUAAAAACCACUCUUUACAAACAAGAAAUAAGACAAGAGUUUGAAUUACAAUCGAUUUAUUGAUCGCAAUUCAUUUUAUAACAAGAUGGGGACGGUUUAAGACCGUCCAGAGACAAACAAACUACAAAAACCUACAAAACAAGGAAAAACACCAAAACUCUCUUCGAAAACUUGAAAAAGAAAGUAAAAACCGAAGAGGCGCACCACAAACGCGUCAGUGCUUUGACGUUGGCGCGUUUGUGGCCUGCACUCGCGGCUAUUUGAAAAAGGAUUUUAUUCACACAACUGUGACUUCCCCCUCCUUUAACAAAAAGCCGUCCCGGCUUUUGCCUUAAAACUGAAGAGUUGGUAAACAUGGGCAUGGGGAUAACACAAUCAAAAAAAUUUUACUUAUUUUUUGUCUUCUUGUUAGCCAGUCACCAAACAUUUUUGAUGCUGUGCUCCGUCCCAUCCCAUCUCAAUCUCAAUCCACUACACAUCAUAUAUCCACUUCCAACAUCAUAUUUCCACUUUGAACAUCUCAAAUCCAUCAAUUAUCAACCUCUCACAUCAUCCAGAAUUUCUUCAAAUAUCCAUCAAAUACUCUUAACUUUCUAUCCGCAUCAUAUUUCCAGCGUCAUAAGCAUAUGCGCCAUUUUUUCUCUUAAUUUUCACGUGCUCUGGUUCCCGAUGCCUGGCUCGAACAUCCACCUUCUUUUCGCGCGCUUUCCAGCCAGUUUCUUCUGCUACUUCUCUCAACUAUCAUAAAUUUCCAACUCAUCGAAACACCAUCACCCAGUGUCCACUUUGGCGUCAAAUACUCCUAACUUGACGUUCGAAUCAAUUUUUCAUUCUUUCGGAGUCGCCUUUCUGGACCUUUUGUACGGGAUUUCCUAUCCCUCUACUCGCACUCAUUCCUCGAUCACUCUCGGCCAGCUUCUCCUUCUCUUCUUCCGACUUUCAACCUGAAAUUCUCUAACAACCCAUUUUUUCCUUGAAUUUUUUCCACCCCAAAAGCAUACCAAUUACUUCCGACAAUCUUAUGACAACACUAUAACGGCCCAAACAGAAUCUCGGUCUUCUUUUGGUCUCAUCAUCUCUUUCUGGAAUCACCAAUAACCCAUCGUGCCCUCAUGACCAUGCUUCAUCGGAUUCUCCAUCUUCCACAAUUUUUCAGCUUCGGAUUUCCAGAUUCCUUCAUUUUGUCAGCUCUCAUAACCAAUCAUUGUCACAAAUAUCAAGCCAUAUCUCCAUCGUUUGCUUCCUGCCACCAAUUUGUUGUUUCAUAUCCAAAUCAUCGUUCACUUAUCUGCUUCUCAGCACCAUCAUUUCCCUAUCCGGGGUGAGAAAUACCACUAAAGGAAGACCGGAGACAUAACUAAACGACAACCUGGACGAAAGAAAGGUCAGUUCAAUCAGUUCAGAAGUACCCCCAUGUUACGGUUGAUCUGAUUUUAUCGAAGCUUGGACACCGCUCAGUUGACAAGGGAUUCAAGUGGAAUUAAAAACCACUCUUCUGAAGCAAGAAAUAAGACAAGAGUUUGAAUUACAAUCAAGAUUUAGUGAUCGCAGUUCAUUUAUAACAAGAUGGGGACGGUUUAAGACCAUUAGAGACAAACAAACCCAAAAACCCUACAAAACAAAAGGAAAAACACCGCCAAAACUCUCUUCCAAAACUUGAAAAAGAAAGUAAAAACCGAAGAGGCGCACCACAAACGCGUCAGUGCUUUGACGUUAGCGCGUUUUGUGUGCACUCGCGGCUUAUUUGAAAAAAAGGAUUUUAUUCACACAACUGUGACUUUUUUCUUAACAAAUGCCCAAUUUUCAGUUUCGAAUCAACAACACAACAUAUAUUUUCACGCAACGUAACACGCUCAUCGCAUACUAUUGGUUUGAUACAGGAUUCAGAUACAAACUUAUUGCACUUAUUUUCAUUCUUCUCAGUAUUUACGCGGGUGUUCAGGCUACAAAAUCUCAAAUGGAACCUAUAAUCGACAAGUCCAGCUGUCUUAGGGCUUCACCAUUGGCAACAACAGUGAGUUGUUAAACUAAUAUUUGUGCAUCACACAUUGUAUGUUGAAAUAUUUUUCAGUUAUAUUCAGCUGGUAUAUCACAUCUCGGUGGUUUUCUGAGGGAUACUUGCGAAUCAAAACAUUCCAAUCCAAUCCAAAUGUCACACGUUGAGAAGUGUAAUCAUGAUUGUAUUGGAUGUAGUUGGACAUAUAUUGGUUCCGGUUAG